AUGGAUGCCAAGACGGCCUCGGUCGCAUACGACGACAGCCUGCGUGCUGCCCACUCCAAAGAUCAUUCGUACGAACAUGUCUUUACGACCUUUGCGACGCCUCCUCAGCAGCCUCCAUUCGUUCAAUCAAUAUCUCUGAAUCAAGAUGAACCGCCCCCCAAAAAUGAAGUUAACGACGAUGAUAAGGCCAAAAUGUCGCCACAGCAGAAAACCGGCAACUCACGAUCGCCUCUGUUCUGGGUCAAUUCAGACCCGCAGACAGUGCAAAAAGGAUCUAGAGAGGAAACGCUGAAGCGCAUUCGAUCGCAUGUGAUGUCCGAGCACAACCGCAAGAAACGAUUGGAAAACACACGACGGUACAAUAAGAGCAAGACAUGGAAGAAUCUCGCAUAUCGACCCGAGUCCAUGGCGGCAUCGAAGUUUUCUCGUGCGAUUGAGUCCUCGAUACCUUCGCCGUCCUCGUCUUCGACGUCUGAUAGAUCCAGUUCAAAGAGCUCGUCAUCUCCAGAGAUUCGAGAAACCUCGCCACCGGACAGCUUCAAGAUACCAAAGAGUACGGGUUCAAUGGCAUCGGAAACCCUUAUAUCAUUGUUGGCACCCCAAGACUCGACGCAAGACUGGACGCAAGAAUCGCCGCAAGAUCAACAAAUAUCAGUCAUCAGGAAGCACGAGACAAGUAGUGUACCUGCUGCGCCUUAUGUAGGUACAGACGAUGUACUAGAUCCGUUUCAAGCGACUCAAAUACGACUUUCAUCGGCGCAAUAUCAACAUUUAAAAUUCUUCCUGUACGACCUUGUCCCGCAAGCAGCACCAUUUAUGAACCACGGUGUGGCAAAGUUGCGCAAGCACUGGAUCUCGCUCGCACAAUCAAGCCCAUCCGUGCUAUAUGCUUGUAUCACCUCGGCAGUUACGAAUAAGUCGUUGAUGACCGGGGAUUUCUUCGCCGAUCCGGCCACACAGCGAAAUAGUCUUUUGAUCCUCGACCGACUACGGAAUCGCGGGGAGACGAUUAGUUUGAUCAAUCGAGAUCUGUCAUCCGUGCCGUCGGCUACGAGUGAUGCGUGCAUUUCCGCUGUUUCUCUACUGAUAUCUGUAGAGGUCACUGGAAGCAAUCCUCAAGAUAUUGCUCCUCAUCUCCAUGGGUUACGAAAGAUGGUUUCUCUGCGCAAAAACUUUGCAGACAUUAAUAAAUCAGUGCGGUCGCAAGUCGAAUGGAACGACAUUCGAUCCGCAUGCAAAACCAUGACAAAACCCUUCUUCCCAUUCAUCCGCUACACCAUGCCAUCUCAUACACCACCAGAAGUCAGCGUCAAAAAUGCAGGCAAACUGGCGUCUGCCUUGCGCCUCCUCGACCAGAUUCCAGGUGUAUUUGGCGUCGAAAUGUGCCGCACAAUCGACGAUCUCACCUCCCUAACUCUAUACGCCGAAAUCUUCAAACUCCAACCAAAACUCGCCGCGAUCCUCUUCGACGAAGAAAUCGAAGAAUACUUUAACAAUGAAGUCCUCUACACAGAAUACUGUCUCGUCAACGACCGAUGGAUCACCACCCCACCCUCAUCAGCCCCUAAUAUUAAUGCCUCCCCGGAUACCCCGAUACACAGACUCCGCGGCGACGACACAAUCGAAGGCGCCGUCCGACUCGCCAGUCUCCUAUUCCACAACACAACGAUAUGGCCCUUCUACCCAGCCAUCGCCCCCCUUUUCCCUCUACCAAUAUUCUGCCUCGAAACUGCCCUGCGCAACGGCAUCGCAGCAGGCACAUAUACCUUCCUCCCGGACCUCCUCAUAUGGCUCUUAUUCAUCGGCGCAACCGCCGGAAAAUACCUCCCCACGGCGCGGGCAUGGUUCAUGGACGAACUCGCCAAAGCCGUGGACGCAUAUAACUCGACCAAUAUUAAUGAAUUUUAUAUAAAUAACAACAACAAUAACGAAUACAAAACAACAAGUCCGCCACAGCUCCUGACCACAGUGGACAAUUUCAGGGAUCUGUUGGCGGGUUACUUUUAUGUUGAUCGAUGCUAUAUGGCGGAUGUGUCGGAGAUAUGGAUGACUUUGAUGGCUAGGCGGUAG